CCAGUAUUUGAUCUGUUUCAUCAGGGACAAUCCUGCUUGAUGAUAAAGUGUAAUUCCCUAAGCAAACUAUUCUGGGGAAGUUAUUGUCUUUUUUUUUUCCUGAGCGAGUAACCCGUUCCGAUAAUUCUGCCAUGAGUCACGCGCGGAAGCGCUCUUCAGGCGACGAUGAAAGGCCGACAACAUCUCAGCAAGUCCAGUUGCAAUAUUCAACCCGCAACAAUCCAUCAUGUAUCAUUUGCCAUAGGCGCAAAGUCCGCUGUGAUCGGAAAGUUCCAUGCACAAGGUGUUCACUGGCAGGUUGGACAUGCGUUUAUCCCAGUCCCGAACGGGAUACAACUCGAAAACCUCCACCUUUACAGGAUAUUUCGGAACGAUUAGCAAGACUGGAAACCCUUCUUCUGAACUUCUUGGAUAAGUCUGUUUCUCACGAUGACCCACGCCCACCGAGAGAAAAACGACAAAGAGUUACAGGACCAAAUCUCGCGGCAAGCGUACGCCAGGAAAAUUCCCGUCCGUGGGAGUUCUUGCUUGAGGAUGGACACCGGGUUCAAUAUGUCAGCAAUUCCAAUCUGCUGGAACCGUUGGAAGAUGAAGCUCGUGUGAAGUCUCCAGCAGUACCUCUCUCUAACGCGGACGCAUCAUCUCCUAGAACUAAUCUCAAUUUGAAUCUGGGGGUAUCUACUCAAGUUCCAAGUAUUUAUGCAGACAUCACGCAAUUUUACCCUGAUGUCACACUCGCCUUGCGGUUAUGGACAGUGUAUGUCAACAACGUGGAUCCUGUCCUCAAAAUCCUCCAUAUACCCACCACACAGUCGGCAAUGGUGGCAACAAUUGCAGAUACAAAAUCUGCGAGUCCCACCAUGAUAGCAUUAUCAUUCGCGAUAUACUUUGCAGCAGUUACAACCUUGACAGAUAAGGAAAUAUCAGAGUUGUCUUCGAACGAUCGACAGACCCUUCUUUACCAAUACAAAACUGGCCUCAAUCAGGCCGUUAUCAAAGCAGACUACUUGAAUAAACCGGACUUGCAAACGUUGCAAGCACUCGUGAUAUACAUUACUUGCCUCCGCAUCCAUGAUAUCUCCCGCUCGGUAUGGGUCCUCGUCGGUAUAGUCAUUCGCUUGGCGCAAUCGAUUGGGAUCCAUCGUGACGGGGCAGAUCUGAAACUCACGCCAUUUGAAGCGGAGCUUCGCAUACGAUUAUGGUGGCAUAUUUGUCUACUUGACUCCCGCUCACCGGAAGAUCAUGGGUAUGCGCUUACGGUAGAUAUACUGAACCAGGACAUUAGAGCUCCUCUCAAUGUCGACGAUAACCAAUUAUUCCCUUGCAUGCAAUCGCUCCCGGUUGAAUCGACUUCUUGGACAGAGAACACCUUUUCUCUAGUCAAGAUCGAAGCAGUCAGGCUCCUGCGUCCCGUCCUCGAAACGGGAGAACAGAACGCCGAUACCAUUCUUGCCGACAUCGAAGCGAAACGAAAACUAAUGAGCAGUCACGGUAAAUGGAUCCAUGAAAAGUUUCUAUCCAAGGCUAUCCCAUCAAUUCCUUUACAUAAAUCCGCAUGCGUCCAUUAUGACAGCGCAUGGGCCAAGAUGGAAUUCAUGCUACAACUUCGUGAAGAAAUGUAUCUAUGGGGCCAGAAGAAACAACCAUCAGACUGGCGACGAGAUCCUGUGAAAUCAGCCUUCCACAUAGCGUGCCGAACCCUCGAGGUCAGUUGUUCUCUGAUCAGCGGGGACAUGUCGGAUCGUUUCAUGUGGUUAUUCCACACGCACACCCAAUGGUAUGCGCUAGCAUAUGUCCUGCGCUGUCUCAAUGUCUAUGGACAAUCAUCGGAGAUGACCAGCGUCUGGGCUCUUGUCGACAAGUCUUUCAAGGCUAUAUCCACUUUCCGAAAUCCUUCUAGCGACUUACCGGCUCCUGGCAGUAGUGAAGGAGGUAGCAUUUGGCGUUGCGUGUUGUCUCUUCGACAGCAGGCAUUACGUCUGAGGAACGAUCACCAAGGAACGCUGAAUGACGAGGAAACUGCCUCCUCUAUGGGUUGUUCAUCGACGAUGAACGGAGAAAUGACUAACCACUUCGUACCCAAGGGCCAAUCAUCACAGGGUACUGAAGCUUCUGUGGAACCGCAUAUUCCUCAAAACUCUCGUCAAGCUGCUGCUUCAGUGAAUCUGGAUGCAUCCGCCGAGAUGAUGAAUCUUCCUUCUUCAAGAGCAGUGCUACCUUCAGAAUCCGAGCUUGAAAAAUACGAUCCGGCCUCUUUGUUCACCUCCACACAGGCCCCGGAACUGUUUGCGUUACCUGAGUGGAAUGACUUUAUAAAUGGGAAUCUCGACUUUCUCAAUACGUCAUAGAGAGGUUGCAAAUAGCAAUAUACCAGAAAUACAAUGUAAACACAAACAAUCAAACCAAUUAAA